AUGUAUUGGUUUAUUUGCGUGUGCGACAAGGAUUCUUCGGCGGAAGCAUCACCUUUGGUCAAGAUUCCUCAGCAAGCCAAAGAAAAGUCCCCCCAGCGACUGAUCGAGCUGGGUUCAUGGACCCCAAAUAUCUCUACUCAAGAAAGAAACGACUUCCAAGAAUCAGUUCAGCUCAGUCAGCUUAUAUCCCAUAUCCUACCCAACGACGAAUUCCAAGCUCGUGCAGCCCGUGCCUGGACGAGAGUCCUAAGAGACGAAGACAACACCGAACAAGAGUCAGCUUCGGAACAAGGCUUAGACACACAAGAAAGUGAUGAGACUAGUUCGAAUGAUGGCGACACAGGCAACAAUUAUAUAAUUGACACCGACGCCAACGACAACGACAACUCAGAUUCUGAACCCAACUACAUAGAUAUCGAUAACGAGAGUGAAGAUCAAUCUACAACCAGCACCCUUAAUUUGGAAACAGCAAUCGAAUACGUUCAAAAGGGUUAUAGUCUUGCUGAAGAGGAAAACAACCUUGGUGAAGACCUUGGUGAAGACCUUGGUGACGACGACCUUGGUGACGACCUUGAUACCGACACCACCUGGAGAUUUGUUCGUCACAUCACUAUCUCACGAGACCAGACACAUGCGAGUGGCUUCGAUAAAGAACGACUUGCUGCACUUCUUGAACAAGACUGGAGAGAUAUAGAUCAGUAUACCCACAAUUAUGACCAAUAUAAGCAACACACAGGACUAGUACCGUCGAUCGAACUCACCCCCGGUUCCGGUUCAAAUCACGCUCUUCAGGAUUAUCAGUUGCAGCUUAUGCUGCUUGAACAGCAAAACAAGAGACGGCUCAUGAUGGCCAGACAGGAAAUGGAUGCAAUCAUGGGUGGAGGAAGCUCUACCAAAGACAGCACAAUACCAUCGCUGCCUACCACCCAAUUAGAAGACAUGGGCGACAAUGGCAAAGACUAUGCCCCCGCGAAUCACGUUCAAAUAGCCCAGAUUCAACAGGAAAUUGAGAGGCUUAGCAAGAUCCAAAACACCUUGAAAUCUACAACCUGGCUUGUGCUUCACAAGAUAAAAGGCGAUGAAACCACAUAUAUAGCAGACCCUUCCUGGGCACCGAAACAAGGACAAGCGCCAUACUUUAGAGGAAAUUCGCCGCUGGCCAACGAAAGCGAAUAUCUCAAGCAUAGAUCAGAUGCUGCCUUCGUGGUGUACAGACACUACGACCCCACGUUCCAAGCCAAGGAUAUCCGCAAGGCGAGGGACGAGGGUCUUCCACUACCGUAUCCCAAACCUGCGUGGGAGGUUGUUCAGCCACUAUCUGAGCAGAUGAUUGCUGCGCUAGACGAAUUUGUCGACUCGCAUCCGACCUUUCGAGACAAGUUCCCUGGUUGGAGGUCUACCGAUCCGAUCAAUUCACCUUUUUUGUUCUGGUACUGCUAUCGUGCUGCGACGGACCUCCAAGCCAUGGAUGAACCACACAGUAAGCAAAUGACACUGCUUACGGAAUGGAUUGAUAAGAACUAUAGCGAAAUGCACGCUGCUGUUGAGGAUAAGUUUUCGCAAGGAUAUGUGUCCGAGGCAACAAUGCCGUUUUUUAUACGGCCUGGCGAGGUGUUGGUAUCAAUGAAUGAAAGAGGCAUCAGUGGUCAUAUUGCCGAAUCGUGGCCUGCUCAAGGGUUAACCAAUUAUGCAUCGCCCUCUCAUCCCAACGGGCCUCGAAAGGUAACGCAGCGCUGGUCAGUAGGCGCUUGGUCUUACGGAUACGAUGGAAAAUUCUACAAGAAUUCCACGGUGCUCACCAUCAGCCUCGAGUUUGACGAGGAUAGUCCGGACGUCAGCAUAGCGGAAGUAAAUAUCCUACCCAUCAGGUUCGGGAACAAAGACUUCCGCGCGAAACUCGAACGCCGAGGGCGAACUAUGUGGGCUUGCAAAGGAAGAAACUUGAUCGCCUACAACGACAUCAGCGAGAAUAACCUGUCUAGUGAAGGGGAACGGUACAUGAUCGACUUCAACACGUAUAAGCAACUUCAUUCGGAUUCGCACAAGUUCAAGAUGGCUUAUCCAUCGCUGACAAACCCCUACCGCAAAGAAAUGGAGCCGUCGGUUAUGGAGUGCGAUGAGCCGCCCGAGGGUGCUGAAUUAUUUGUGUUUCCCAGCACUGUUGUUGGAUAUAAUCUUCGGCAGAAGAAGUGGCAGGAUCUCCAAAUUGAUUGGAUCCAGGAAUUACAUUGGAAUAAGCAAGCCUUUAGACACUUGGUAAUCGACGAAGAAACCAAGGACAUCAUACAGGCCCUUGUUACAAGCAAACUGGAAACGGAGCAGACGACAGAUUUGAUCCAAGGUAAAGGCAACGGACUCAUUAUCUUGUUGCAUGGAGGACCAGGCACGGGCAAGACCUUUACAGCCGAGAGUGUCGCCGAAUUGGCUGAGAAGCCUCUCUUCCGAGUAACUUGUGGUGAUAUCGGAACAAAACCGGAGGAAGUCGAGAAGUAUCUCGAAUCAGUUCUGCACCUCGGUAAGAUCUGGGGCUGUGUGGUCUUACUUGACGAAGCCGAUGUCUUUCUUGAGCAGCGUACUCUUACAGACCUUGAGCGCAAUGCCCUUGUGUCCGUGUUCCUUCGCGUUCUCGAGUACUAUGAAGGAAUCUUGAUUCUCACUUCCAAUCGUGUUGGCACUUUUGACGAAGCUUUCAAGUCUCGCAUUCAACUUUCUCUUCACUACGAGAGCUUGAGCAAAUCUCAGCGUCGCACUAUUUGGACAAAUUUUCUCCAACGACUACAGACACUUGAGAAAACGGCCGUGGUUCGACCGAUUACUGACAGGAAGCGGAAGUAUGAGAUAGAACAAGACAUCAACUUUGACGACAUCGAACGGCACUUGGGUGAUUUGGCCGAGGAGGAGAUGAACGGGAGACAGAUUCGCAAUGCCAUCACUACGGCGAGACAGCUGGCAAAGUUCAAGAAUGAGAGUAUGACGUAUAGGCAUUUGGAGCAUGUUAUCAAGAUUUCGAGGAAGUUUGAUAAGUAUCUUGAGAAGGUCAGGGAUAGCUAUUCGGAUGAUCAGGUUGCUAGAGAAGAGGGGAUUCGCUUCUACCAUACUUCAUGUUCCUUUCUUGCUAGGCUCUGCUUCGAUUACACUCAUUCUUUUUGUCUCUGGUGUUCUCUCGCUGUAACUACGCUUUCUGAGUCUACGACUACGAUCCUUCCUGUGUCUUCCUCCACCGAGACCUCCCUCUUGGAUACCACCUUGGCCAGCCAGGCUAUCGAAACCAGUGAGAUUGAGACUGAGACUGUCACUACGGUUACAGCCAGUGCUACGUCCGUUGAAACUACCACUGUCGAUGGUGAAACAUCAACUACUCUACUCGACACCACGAUUACCACUGAAGCUACCACAACUACAGCUGAUAGAAUUACGGCAACGGCAGCGGAGACUACAACCACUGCAGCGGCUGGCUGCCCCCAAGUCACUGUUCUCGCCAAUCCUACUCCCAUCUUUUCCUCCUCCGAAGGCAAGGUAUUUGACGACGAGCAGAGAACCGUUGUCAUACCCUUUGACGUCGGGGUCUUUGGCGCUUCUUCAUCCACUCUCUAUGUCAGUGUGAAUGGAUUACUGACACUGGGACGAGCGCCCAAUACUGCUUCCUUCAACGCAGCACUGCCUGCCCAGAGUCUCCCCGAGGUUGCCAUCAUGCCCUACUGGAGUGACUUGCUUGUUUUUCCGAACCUCUGCGGAAGUGGCAUUGCCUAUGAAAUCUAUGAUACUUCCCGUGGUCAGACGUUUACUGUCGAAUACUACGUUGGCAUUUAUGGCAGCCCGGUCGGUGAGCACUUCACCAUCAGCUUGUAUAAGGACUAUCCUGGGCUGGUCAGAUAUGUGUACUACAAGACGUCUAGGCACGGAAGUAGUGCGACUGUUGGUGUUCAGAAUGGCAUGUUCAAAUCGCAGUACUCAUAUAAUGCUGAGGAUUCCAUUCCUGAUAGGUUCUGGGUCGAGAUCGACACAAGUGCUAUUCAUGAAGUUACCACGAGUGAUGGGGAUCUCUGA